AGUCGAGUAGAAUUUCUUUACUGCACCGGUGAAUUUUUAUUUUUUUUUUGUUAACAAAGUAGCAACAAAAAUUUAUUUUGGUAUUUAUGUCAAAAUGUGAAAAUUUAUAAAAUGUGAAAUUCUAAAAUGGCUGAAAAAGAAGAAGUAAUUGACAAUGAGUUCGAUCCGAUUAUUUGGGAUGUUCGUGGCGAUAUUCGGCUGCAGGACCUGCCAGUCACGAGAAUUCAGGAUUCACUGGAAUUGCUGAAGAAAUUUUCGAUUACUACAAAUCCGUUGUGGAUUAAUUUGGGCAUCGACAAGGAUGAAGAGGUUAUUGAGGAAUAUUGUGCGCGGUUGUUACAUAUUUUGAAGGACUGUUGCUCAAUCGCAGCAAUUUCCAUUGAAACGGGAAAAUUACUUGGCCUCGCACUGUGCAAAAUAAUGAGCAUCGACGAAUACGACUGGACCUUGUGGAAAAUUAUGCCGACAAUUUCCACAAAAUUAUCAAAAAUUUUUACGUUACAAUAUGACAUCAUUAAAACGUCGGAACUGACAAAAGGUACCUGUUUUCACUGCUUCGAUUUGUGCGUUUCUGAUGAAAUUGAAGAGAAAAACUUCGAAGAAGUCCUCAUGAAACAGGCUUACGAGGCAUCAAAAAGUCUCAAAACCGAUGUUUUUAGUUAUACGUGCUUUCGAAAGGAAGAAGCUGAGAAAGCUAAAGCGGCGCACAUGCAUUUAUCAAAGGAAAUUCAUUAUGCAUUUUAUACGGAUAACGUAGGAGAACGAAUAUUCAAAAAUAUAGAAAAUGAGCAGACGGCGUAUUUAUUCAUACGAAAGACCCCGAAAUUGCAGGAUUUUACCAAAUUGUAUGAUUUUAACAAGAAAUUAAAGAAAAAUAAGUGA